CAGAAUCCAGAUCACAAUUCUGCCCGAUGGACGCCGGCGGCGAGACUGCGGCCCUCCUCCACCGCCAGGGCCUGCCCCUCCGCCCCCGGCACACGCCGGAGUCUCUGGCCCCGUACGUGCCUCUCCACCACUUCUCCUCCAAUCUGACGAUCUCCCCACUCGGCGCGAGCGAUGAAGGCGACGACGAGAGGACGCCCGGCCUCAUCUCGCCGGCGGCGGAGGCGCUGGGCAAAGACGACCUCCUCGCCGAGAUCCUCGCCCGUCUCCCCCCGCAGCCGUCCUUGAUCCUGCACGCCUCCGUCGUCUCCAAGCGCUGGGGUCGCCUCGCCGCAUCCGCCGCCUUCCGCCGCCGCUUGCGCGACCACCACCGCAAGCCCCCUGUCCUCGGCGCAUUCGAGAGGGACGGGAAGAAGCUCCUCUUCAUCCCUGCCAUGGACUCUCCAGAUCGCAUCCCCGCGGAGAGGUUCUCCCUGCAGGUCUGCGCCGACGAGGCCACCAAUGACCACUGGGGCGUGCUCGGCUGCCGCCAUGGGCGCGUCCUCGUCGUCAACUGGACGCGGUGUGAGCUCGUGGUGUUCGACCCCGUCUCCGGUGACCGCGGCAUCGUUCCGUUUCCGCCAGAUUUCGACAAUCACGCUUACAACACCAAUGGAGCUUUGAUCGGCGACCAGCAGCUCCGGUCCAGCGCAUUUCAGUUGGUCUUGGUAGGCUUUUCUGCCAAUGGCGGCGUAGGAGUUACUGCAGCCAGCGUCUACUCCUCGGAGACCGGUGAGUGGGGACAACUCAUUGCUGCAGCGAGACCAUGUGCUGUUGGCCAUCUCCCCUGCACACUCAUUGGCAAAAGGCUCUACUGGUGGCUCAUUGAGCGUGACCAUGGUAUACUGGAGUUCAAUUUGGAAACCAAGAGCCUAGCUGUGAUCACUAAGCCUUCCAUUGAGAACAUCCACAGCUGCCGGAGCCGGAUCAUCAGUGGGGAGGAUGGCGGUGUUGGACUCGUCGUAUUCUCGUACCAUAGCUUGCAAAUGUGGGACCGUAAGGUCAGUGAUCGGGGUGUCGCGACAUGGGUGCUGCGGAAGACAGUUGACAUGCGUGGCAAGCUUGCUCUGCCCUCUAACUUGGAGGCAGGGAAAUCGACUAUUCUGGGGUACACUGAGGAUGCGGAUGCGAUUAUUAUAUCGGUGCACACAUUCCCCUGGGUGCAGAAUGGCGAUGUUUAUGUCUUCCUGGUUCAGCUCGACUUAAUGCAGUGCAAGAAACUCCAUGGAAGCUUUAUGGAAAAUUUGUAUCACCCGUACGCAAAUUUCUACGCUGGCCCAACGGCGCUCAAACUUCUUGGUCGUCUAGACAGUGAAUGGGAUACUGCUGUACCACAAGCGUAAUGGCCAGUCCAUCAUGGUACCAGUCAAGCUACUACCUAGGCCCAGCGGCGCUUCGACUUCUUGCUCGUUUGGACAAUGAUCAGGCUGCUGCUGUACAACAAGCGUAAUGACUACUGCAUCAUGCUACAAGUCAAGCUACAUCAGUUCGAGUCUCCACAAUUACAUUAAAUUCAACGCUGAGAGGCGGAUCUUUCCCCCUCGGCCGCAUUUGUUGUAACAGUUGUAAUGUCUCAUGCAUGCUUUAUUUGUUGUUGGCUUCUGAAGCCUUGUGCUGUGCCGCAAGGUGUGAAUUUCUUUUAAACUGGCUCUGUGUGUACUUGUCUUGUGGGUAUGUGUUUGAAGUAAGGUUGGGAGCGUCCCGUUUGGAACAUUUAUUGUAUAGUCAAACUUGAGCGAAUGUUGUAUCGGUAAAGAAUGAUUUUACUGUAUGAAAGAUACAGCAAACUAUUUUGAUUU